UGCCGUAGUUUGUGUUGGCCGCGUUGCCAUGGCGACGCCGUCAAACUCGAGAGAGGCGCAGUGCAGCUACAACUUAGCAUGAGCAGUUUUUAAUAGUGUUUUUCUUCUUGUCAGUGUUAGUUUUAAAAAGACACCGAGUGUGGUUCACAGGUUUAACGGUGUGUUCCCCCAGAGAGCAGACAAGAUGAGGGACAUGGCAGUGGAAACCCAGACUUGAAGACCCAAGGUAUCAUCUCUACACCAGUUCUGCAAUGUCUGGUCCAGAGGAGGAGGAGGAGGCUCAGGACCUGCAGCUCAGCUCUGUCUUUGGGAACGGUGUCAUCAGACCUCAGACCCCCUCUCUGCCUGAGGAUGCUGAGCCACAGGAGCAGCAUGAAUAUUAUCCCACAGAGAUGCUGAGUCUGAGCAGGACAAAGCUGAGACAUGUUCCUGAAAGGAUUUUGAGAAGUAGCACACUGAAGUAUUUAUAUCUUGAAGGCAACCAGAUAUGCAGUAUCCCAGAUUCACUGUUCGCCAGCCUGCCCAGCCUGCAGUGGCUGGACCUCAGAAAUAACCUAAUUGUGAGGCUCCCUGCUGAAAUUGGCUUGCACAGGUAUCUGAAAACAUUGCUAUUAGAAGGGAAUCCUAUCUCAGAACUUCCACCAGAGUUGGGAAAUGUGAUUACACUCAAAGGCCUGAACCUGAGGAACUGCCCGAUCACUUUCCCCCCACGAGACAUUGUGCACCAGGGGGUCCAGGGCAUCCUUCAGUACCUGAGGAGCAUCAUGGCUGAGCGUCAAGUUAGCACGAGGAAGGCCGCUCCAGAGCUGCCAGUGGUGGAGAAGCUCCAGUUGUCAGACCUGACGGGGUCCAGUAUGGAGGAGCAGGACGAGGACGAGAUGCAGAAGUUCAAGGAACUAAAAGAUAAGAUGAUCCUGCUGGACAGAGCUGAGUGGGGUGCAAUGGCACAGGGUGAUAGAAACCCAAAGUCACAUCUUCAUCCCAUUAUCAAAGGAAAAAAGGCAACAACCAAGGCCGGCAUGAUUCCCGGGCUCCUCCUGUUUGACACUCCGAUCUGGAAGAGGCCAGAGGAGAGGAGACAGGCUGCAAUGAAAGAGAUGAAGGAGAAACAGGCCAUUCUGGAACACAGAAGAAAAAGCCAAGAGGCUCUUCAGAAGUGGCAAACACAAGCCAGGAUCACACAGGAGAAGAAAAUGUCCGAGCAAAUGCUGCAGAAGAAUGGACGACAAAAGAAGCAGAAGGGAGUAGCAGCUGGUGUGGGGGACAGCAGUGAUGCUCCACAGAGACAGACAUCCUACAUGUCCAUCACAGACUGUGAGGAGAGAAGAUCGUCCCGUGAGCUAGGGCGGCAGAUCCGUGCCCGUGUUGAGAAGAUACAGGAGAGACGCAAGAAUCCCAUGGGCACAGCCAGCGAGCACAUGGCAGCGGCGGAGCAAGAUCUGGAGGAGUUGACAAAGAUACAGACACGGCUUCUGGUGGAGCGGAACAGAAAUCGGGCCAAAGAUCUUGACAAAUGUUUCACCAUCUACACUGGAGACACAUUGUUUAGUUUCCUUGAUAAGUGACGGGGACAGUGCAUCCAUUCUGUUUGAGUGUUGUGGUGUUGAUUUCAUACUCAAGUCAUUGUGAGAUUAAUUCCUUUUAAAAUAAAAAAAUCACAAAGCUAUUGACCAA